GAUCGGUACUCCCGAGACGAUUCGCGGUCAGGUUUUAGGUAUAUUGAAGAUUUCUUGUUCUUUGUUUUUCGGGUUUAUUUAUACAGUUGCCGUUUAAAAUGUGCGACGACGACACGGCCAUCCCUGCGGAUCACGAAAAGGACUUGGCAUUUGGGACGAAACUUAUACACUCCGGAAACCAUCCCGAUGAAUGGACUUAUAAAGACGUCAUCCCGCCGAUAUCGUUGAGCACGAUAUACAAUGCCGAGUCGCCCGGAGUCAUACAAGUAAAUAAAACAAACAAUAUAAGCAAAUCGAAGAAAUAAUAACAUAUCCGUAGAAGUUAAUAACGCGCGAAGGUAUACGUUCAUUUUUGAAAAUAUUUCACCUUUCCUCGAACGUGAUUAUUUGAAAAAAAAAAUGUUCUCCCUGUAAACGAUUUUUAAAUCGGAAAUCCUAGUUUCAUCAAAAAACAACAGGAUACCUUAAUUUUUUAACGUUUUUGUGAAUUGGAGAAGACGUUUUUUUUUAAUUUUAGUAUAGUUUUUUUAAUAAUUAGAAAAAAAAACGGAAAUGUUUACGGAUUCGUGUACUUUUCAGAAGUUGGGAAGGUAGGAUACAUAAAGUUAUUUAUUAGUUUACAUCUGUAAGCAACGAUAAUCCACUUUUAAUGAAAAAUGAUUCUGAAUUAAGUUCGAUUAUACAUAUAGGGAUGAUUUUCGUCAACAUUUUAUUCAAAACACUUAUACACAAAAAAAAUUACUAUACAGUACACGGUACAUUUUUUAUUUGACCACUAAACACAACUUAUAAUAAACCUCGUGGUAAAUUUUUAAAUAUUUCUAUUAGGUUAAAUUUUAUUCAUGUAUAGUACUGCUGAAGAAAAACUACGCUAAAAAAUCCGCUAAUAUAAAUUGCCUAUGAAUACCUCAAAAAUGAUUUCAGAAUAUUUUGAAAAUUGUAGGUAGUUACACCAAUUAUAUUAAAAAUGCAAUAAAAAAUGUCUAUACUCGGUUUUUUAUUGGAGAAACAAUUCUGGUAGGAAAUAUAAAGCCUAACAAUUGAAAAUAAUGAAGACGUAAAACUCCGUAAAUUUAUCAUUUUUUCAUUUUUCUCCUUUUUCCAGUUUUCCCUAUUAUUUAAUAAUUAUCAUAACAAUAAUUAAAAAUCUGGGAAAAUCAAAAAAAUUAUUUAUUUUCUCAGGAACUAAGGCAAAAAUUCAACAUAAAUGUUCUCUUGGCAUUUUUUGAUUAAAGCAGUAUUUCUGUUAGAUGUUUUUUUGGGGAGGUCCAAACAUAAAAUUUAUCACUAACUACCAAUAGUUGUACCAAUAAUCUGAUUAUUUGGUAAGAAGCUCACAUUCGGGAGGGGGUGGGGCUAUGUGCCUGACACUUGUUACAUUAAAUGUUGUAUUAGGAAGUUUGGAAACAGGUGGAAAUUUAAUAUAUAUCUGUAAGCAACGAUAAAACAUUGCUAACGAAAAAACGAUUCUGAGCGGAGUUCAGCUGAUAUGAUGAUUAUAUACUCAACAAUAUAUAUGCCAUAUUAUGGUAAAAUGAUUACAAAAAUGUGCGUUUCCAUGACAAAAAUUAUUGUUUAAAAAAGAUUAAAAUAAUAAAAACUUAAUAACAACAAAAAAUAAAUAAUAAAAGUUUUUUUUUUAAUUUAUAUUUAAUACAAUUUAAUAUUUGUUACUAGCAAUAAAUAAUAAUAAGUAAAAAUGAUGAAUGAAUUUAUGGCUUUAAAAAAUAAUAGAUUAAAGUAAAUAAUAAAAGUAAAAACAAAAUUAUUUAAAUGGUUAAUACUCGUAAAUAAAUAAAGUAAAUAAAUAUAUGAAUAAAAAAUGUAUUUAUAAAAAUAAAAUAAAUAAACAAAUCAAUGCGUCGCCUGGGGUACGCGUAUAUUAUAUGACCGGUUUUGAAUUAAAAAUUCAUCUUCAGAUAUAUCACACUCAAAAUGUAAAACGAGACUGAAUAUAAAAAAUUAAAUGAAGGAAUACAUAGAAAAAUAAAAAAGAGCUGAUACUGGGCACGGGUGCAGCCACUGUUGUAGGUGGGAAGUUGGGAAAAUAGGAUACAUAAGGUUAUUUCAUUUAUAUCUGUAAGCAACGAUAAACCAUUGCUGACGAAAGACGAUUCCGAGCGCAGUAUGGUCCUAUAUAAUUUGAAGUGCCGUAAUUCUUUUUGCGAUUUUCGUUUAAAUUUGAUUUCAAAACACUUACUAAAAAAAAAAAUUCAAUAAAAAUAUGGUCUCUGAUCGUUUUUCAAUUGAAGCCACAUUUGUGCUAGAAAACGUGGUAGGUACUUAUUUAUAUUAACGAAAUUGUAAAAAAACCGAAUUUUUUUUCCCGGUUUAUCGUUUUUAUUUUAAAUACCGUUUCGAAAAUCAAAAAACGAAGGAAAAAAAUAAACAGUAUUGUAAAACCAAUAAAAAUUAAAUAAAUUACAUUUAAUAUCAUUGGAAUAUUAUAAUAAUUGUUAAUUACAUUAUAUUGUUAUGUUCCCAACUACAGUAAACCGAGUGUGACUAUUAUCUAUUGAGUUGAUGUAAUGAUUAUGGUUUUGUCGUGCAGUUUUCGAACUAUCGUGUAACGAUGUAAUUUGUAUUGAUAAUGCGGGCUAUUAUUAUUGUUUCUAAAUUCACUGUCUUCGGGAAAAUAUUCCGUUUAAUAUAAACAAUAAUUAUACUUGUUAAAGUAUCUUAAAAAAUUGACCUAUUAUUCGAAUCUAAUGUUAACAAAAAAAGGCAUUUCCAUUUAAAAAAAUGUAAGUUUUUAUUGUGUGUCACGCGCGAACCACAGGUUAACAUUUUAGUUCCUGAGUGUAGCGAAGAAUGUAUUGGUUUUACAACGAUGUUUAUUUAUUUAUUUUUUAUUCUAUGAAAAUAAUGUCUGCCAAAAUUCUUGUUCCAAUAUGUAUGUGUGGCACCAUUUCCGAAAGAAAAUAUUGUCUAUAGGUCAGUGGUUCCCAACCUUUUUGUUUUGGCGACCCACACAUUUACUCGUUUUUUGAGAAUGCGACUCCCCAUUAAAAACAAAAAAAGUAAUAAUAAAAUCAAGUAGGCCGCAAUGACUUAAUACAUAAUAGUUAAUAAUAUUAACAAUAAAAAUAGCUACAUUAAGAACGUCGUUCGUUUUAAUUCAGUAGUGAUUUUGUUUGAUACAAGUCACCGCUGCUUUUUGCAAUCCAAAAUACCUCCAAUUAAGGUUAUAACUUCCAUUGUCCUCUUGGAUAAUUUUUAUAAGAAUUUUAAUAUCAAAUUUUGAAUCGUUUUCGUAAAAACUAUGUGGAAAAAAUCUAGUUACUAGUACACACAAAUUGUUUCAAUGUAAUACCAUAAUAAUAAUACAAUAUAAUACUAAUUUUAAUCCAUCGAGUCUAUCCGGUUGAAAUAUUUAGUGUUACUGAAUUUACGGAUCUUUUAUAUACAAGUUGCCUUUUGCCUAGGCAAAAAAGCAAAAUUUUGAAGAGUUUUCAGGAACAAAAAAAAACAAUUUUAAAUUAUAAUAUUUGAUGAAUGUUUAUGACAUUUAUUAAAAAUCGUAUACUAUUUUUAUCUGAAAUAAUAAUUAUUAUAGAUAUAUUGAAAUUAUGUUAAUCAUAAUACAUUACAUAAUUAUAAUACAAUUUAUUAUUGUUUUAGAUAUUUGAUAAUCAGAAAUUCAAAGACCACAAUAUAGUACAUAACAAUUUUAUCCUUUGACUUGGUCUAAAAUAUAGAAAUCAAAACAACUGUAUGUGACUACAGUAUAUGAUGUCAACACCAAUAUUGCCGUUUAUACCAGUGAAUCUGUGCCCCCCUCCCAUAUAAUGUCACCAAUUUGACGACCAUUUAAUUAUGUUACGUGCCUUUAAAAAUAUAUUUAGUUCUAUUAUAUGAUUAUAAAGUACCUACAAAUAACUAGCUUUACGAUUAUAAACAUUAACACGAUUAAUCAAGAUAAAAAACAAUUAUGAAAUUAAAAAUACUGUUUCAUACCACUAAUUCCUAUCGUUUACGGCUGUAUCUACCUUUAGCUAUUGACGCAAUCGACAGAAGUCUAACCUGUCACUUACAACUUAACGUUGUCAACAAAUUCAACACUUGGCGUUUACGAAAAUGGCAUUUGUGGAAAAAAAAACAGUUAAUUUGUAAAUUGUAAUGCGAAACUAAUAAAACUGAAUUUUUAAUAAUUAUAAAUUGAUCGGAUAAAGUUUCGCUUGCGUCCUUUCGUCUAUUAAGGCUUGAUAUAUAUAUACGUUAAAACUUCUAAUUUUACGGCAAACUCAUAAAUCGUUUUAUCGCGAUGUAAUAACAAUAUUUUUCAGAAUUACGAGUAUACGAGAUGUGGCAAUCCCAUUCGUUCGGUUUUAGAAAAAUGCUUAAUGGCCAUGGAUAACGCUAAGUACGCUUUGGUCUAUAGUAGCGGCAUGUCGGCCACCAUGUCCAUGGUGAGUAUGUUGGCACCUGGCGACCAUAUACUAUGCAGUUCUGACGUGUAUGGCGGCACCUACCGACUGCUCAGUAUAAUCGCCAAACAGGCGGGUAUCCUGUUCGACUUUAUAGAUUUUAUAAACACAGAAAAUAUCGUACAAAACAUAAAACCCAACACAAAGGUUAGUAUAUGAAAUAACUGUAAAUAGAUUAAAAAUACACCUAUAUGAUAUUUUAAAAUUUAAAGAAUAAUUUCAGACUGCAAACAUUUUUUAAAAUACCAUUUUGAUUUCAGUUGGUGUGGUUCGAGAGUUUGUCGAAUCCUUUGAUGCGCGUGCUGGACGUAAAAAAAGUAUCAGAUGUUGUUCAUCGAAUACGAACUGACAUUUUAGUGGCCGUUGAUAAUUCGUUUAUCACUCCUUAUUUUCAGGUGAAUGCGGAUAUAUAUUAAAUUGAGGUCAUAAAUUAUUAGAAAACGAUUUUAUACAGUUUUUAAACAUUUCAUAAAACGUUAUUUUCGUGGGUGGCAUUUAUAGUUUUUCUAAACCGAUUUAUAAAUUUAAAAAAAUGUAUCGAAGAAAAUUAUAUUUUUGAAACAUUGGCAUUUCAGUUCAAUACAAUUAUAUUGUAUAACAAAAAAUGACGUUUACUUUAAUGUAUGGAUGUAUCGAUAAUUUUUUAAUAAUACACCUAGCAUUAUAGUUCUAAAAUUACUUGUCGAUUAUCCGUUGGUCCGUCAUCUGUUAACAUCACGUUUGAGAGAAAAAUAAUUUUUUGGCCAAUAUUUAGUCUUUUUGCUGGACAAUAUGAUAGGUUGUUUUGCUUUAAAUACAAUGUUUAAAACAUAUAAAAUGAAAAUGUACACCAAUUCUAUAAACAGCUUUUUUAACGCGACAAUACUCAUGAGCAAUGACUCAAACAGAAAUUUUUCAAUAGGAACCAUGGCCAAGAUAAGGGCACUCCCUUGGUUAAGCCACUGCUGAGCACGAUUCUAUUUCAAGUGUUAGAAAGUUAUAUGUAGUUAGUUAUUACUAAUUAGGUUAAAUAUCAUAAAAUUAAGUGUCAUAGUAAUCAAAAUAUGUUAUGCAAAUUAUUUCUCAGAAAAAUAAUCUAAAACAAAAACCUAAAUUGAAUUAAAAUAAAAUUACCUUUUGGAGGAAGAGUUUUGUAAUACCUAUUUUUAAAAGGAAAGGAGAUGUACAAGUGUAUGGAAACUAUAGAAAAAUAAAAUUGACGAGUCAUAGUAUCGUAGUAGUCGUAGUAAAAGAUAUGAGCAAAAAUUAUAGAAAAGAGAAUUAGAAGUGAGACAUCAAUAUCAAAGAACUAGUUUGGCUUUAUCAGUUUUAUGUCAGGAAAAUUGACGAUUUGUUUUGUGAGAAGUAUAGAUAAAAGGAGAAAAACCAAGGUAUGGUUUUUAUUUAUGUAUAUAAACUGAACCAGCCCAAUUACAAAGACUUGCCAUAAUAAAUAAAAUAAAAUAUUUAAUAACACAUGAACAAAUACAUUAAACAACUUGAGCUUCUAUUGAGCUUCUGAAGCACUAGCGUGUAGUCAUGCGACGGAUAAGCAGUCCCCCGGACAAAAGCCACAUACUUCAGAAACUUACGCUGCAAACGCUCAAUUUUGUAUUGGUCACUUAUUGUAUUAGGACUCCAUACUAUUACGCCAUAUUGAUAGAAUAUAAAAAAAAUCAACAGAUUUAUGACAUCGAGUAAACGUCAUUGGCACAUGCUACUUUGAAAUAUUAAGCUUCAGUCCGAUUCCAUUGGCCCAAGCAGGGCUUGAUGCUGAAAAAAAAAUUUCGAUUUUGUUAAUCGGUUUUUAAUUUUUUCGAAUUUGAUUUCAAUUCUGGAAAUCGGUUUUUUUUAACGAUUCUGGUUUCAAUUUUGAAAAUCAGCUUUAUUUUUUUCAAUUUACCCGAUUUUUAGAGUUAGAUUCAAAAGCAUUAGAAGAGUAAGAUUUUUCACUUGAAAAAUUAUUAAUAUUUUCAUGUUGUUUUUCCUCUAACGUUUCUUAAGUUCUAAUAUUAUUAACAUUAGAAAGCUGAAAAAUAUUUUAAAAGUACAUAAAUUGGCAUAAUGAAAUAAAGUUAUGAGAACACUAAUUUUAUUUUAAUUUUCAUUAAUUGUCUUCAUUCCUUGUGAUAUCCACAGUGUGAAAAUAUAUAAAUACAUAAUUGGUGCUUCAAGAGAUUUAUAAAUUAAAAGUUAUUAUAGCGCUGCUAUAGCUAAAUUGAACCAAAUGUUAUAACACAAUAGUGAGACGGAUCCAACCUUACCUAACCUAACCAAUCAAAAAUCUAACUUAACCUAAUAAAGAUAAAAAUUAUUUUGAUCUGAACUUUUUUCGUCUUCCUCGUAUCUGACUUGCUUUUCGUUUAAGAAUUUCACUCCAAAGGACUAAAAACGAUCCCUUUGUCGGGUUUAAUGGUCAAAAAAGUCAAAUCAAUAUUUACCGAGUAUAACAAAACGUAUCGCGUUUUAUCUGAUUUUCUUUUUAGCUACUUAGGACGAGUUUAAUGGCUGCACCCGUCCGUCCCUUGUAUCAGAUUUUGCCUUUUUAUUUUGCUUAGGGGAAUUAUUUUAGUUUUUUGUUUGUAUUUACUAAUCCUAGACGGGUUUUCAUGACUCGUGAAUUUGGCGAAUUUACACGAAUAGUUAAAUAAUCGGCCACCACGAUUGAACGCUACCACGAUUAUUAUUUUAUUGAUAAUCUCUUUGACUCGUGUCACUUUUACCGAUAAUUCGCAGAAUGUGGAAAGUAAAGAAUAAUGCGUGAAUACCAAAUACCGAAUAUUCGUACCUACUCCAUUCCCACUACAAGCAAAUAUUCGUCGAAUACGCGAGUUCUGGGAACUUGGGUUUAUGUACAAAUAUAUAAAAGAAUAAUCAGCAAAAUGCUAAAGAGACUAAAAGUUAAGUUAUACAAAAAGUAUGGUGAGACUGAGACUGACUAUGUUGUAUGGUUCAUAGUUCGGUGUUGAAGAAUAGAACAAAGAAUGAAUGUAAAAGAGAUGAGAAUGUUUAGGUGGAUGAGUGGAAUGACAAGAGAAGAUAAAAUAAGGAAUGAGUACAUAAUAGCUACCUGUAGCUUAAAUGUAGCUUCGAUAGUGCCACUUUGUUUUUGGGUCUCAGUCUGUAUUGGUAUAAAAAUAAAAUAAAUUAAAAAACUUUUAUGACACUUAAUGACCUAUUACUGCUGAGCAGUAUUAACUUUUGUAUAAUUUUUGUUAUACAUCGAUUUGAUUAUUUUGUUGGCGUGUACAGAAGCCUUUGAAUCUAGGCGUGGACGUAAUAAUGUACUCUUUAAGCAAAUACAUUAACGGACAUUCGGACGCACUUAUGGGAGCACUGGUUACUAACAACAAAGAGUUGUACGACAAAUUGUACGUCUAUCAGUACAGUAAGUGACGUUUUUUUACGAUGAAAACAUAAAACAAAAGCGGAAUUUAAUAAAUUGGAUACACCAUCCGUUUUGUAAUGUUAUUAUUAAAUUUAAGUAGAAAAAAAGAGCUGAUACUACUAAUGGGUGCACCACUGUUGCAGGUGGGGAGUUGGAAUAGGAAGAGGUAGUUGGAAGAGGUAGGAUAGGUAUUAGGUACAUAAAGUUUUUUAAUUUAUAUCUGUAAGCAAAAAUAAACCAUUUCUAACGAAAAACUGACCGAAGUUCGCUUAUACAUGAUUUUAAAGGCCAUACUAUUUUUAUUGAAAUUUAAUUUUAAACUAUUAUAAAUAAAAUAAAUACUAAAUUACAAGUUACUUUUUUUUACCACUAAUUACAACUUAUUAUAAACCUCAUGUUAAAUUUUCAUUUAUUUCUGUUCGGCCCAACAAUUUUUUCCAUGUAGUAACUACUAAAUAAAAAUUACAUAAAAAAACUCCCAAUUAUAAUAUGCCUAUAUGCCUAUGAAUAGUUUAGAAAUAUUUUUAGAAUAUUUUCAAAAUCUUACCUCGUCUAGAAAAGGCCAAUACAAGUUUUCUGUUAAAAUGUCAAGUUACUACGAAUAUUUUAAACUAAAUUACAAUAAAAAAACAAAAUUUAAAAUAAUGAAACCAUAAUUUCCGUAAACCUUCCUCUUUUUGUCGAUUUUUAUAAAUUUUCAUGGAAGCUACAUAAAAAAUCAAGACUAAUUACUUAUUCACCAAUUAGGUAUCAGAUGCAACAAAACAGGUAUCUUGACAUUUUUUUAUUGAAGUAAGGUUCCUGGUAGAAAACAAUGCGUACAAAUUAUAAAUAAUAUCGGUAACGUGUCAAUGCUCCGUAAAUAUUUGUCCGUUUACCUAAACUCCGGUUCACGAGAGAAGUAAACCGUGUUCCGACUAAAACGCGUCCAAUUACGCGCAUGUAUAUACAUCGCAGCAUAUAAUUGAAUGGAACAAAGUGGGGGAAACAGUACAAAAGUCAUCAGUCUAUAUGCGCGAAACGGUUUACUUUUCUCAUGGACCGGAGUAUACCUAAAUAUUUUUUUCAAUAUUUCCCAACUAUUGAUAACCCUUUUGAAAAUCAAAAAAUGACCUGUUUAGUGUACUAAGUAUAUACAAAAUAAAGCAAAAAAGGUUUCUCGAUUGGAGGAAGCUUUCUGGUAGAAAAGUUUACACACCAAAUAAAAAACACAUAAUAAAACCAAUAGAUUAUUCGCUUCACUCAGAAUCUAAGACCGAAAAAUGAUGUAUAUCAGUAAAACAUAAUUCCUAAAACCUAACUACCUCUCAUGUACCUGUAUAGUCUCAAUCAAUCUUCUCUUGUAGUACUUAUUUACUAUAUUGUCAUAAAUUUACGUUCUAAUUGUUUUUAGCGUGCGGUAACGUACCGUCGUCGUUUGACUGUUAUAUGGUCAACCGCGGUUUGAAAACGCUGCACGUUCGUAUGGAACACCAUAUGAAAAACGCAUUUGUUGUGGCCCAAUUUUUGCGAUCGCAUCCUAAAGUGCUCAAAGUCAACUACGUGGGGUUUCCGGACCAUCCCCAACGGGACGUAAUUAACAAACAGUUUACCGGUUACACAGGACUUUUGUCGUUUUACAUCAACGGUGGGCUGAAAGAGAGCGUAAAAUUAUUGGAGUCUUUGAAACUGUUCUACAUUACGGUCAGUUUCGGGUGCUACGAGAGUCUGGCCGCUCUGCCGUGAGUCAUCAGUCAUUUAUAUAUUUAAUAAUAUUUAAUAUUUAUAUAACGUUGAUAGGCCAAUAAACAAAUAACUAUAAUGGAAGUCAAUUUCUCUCCGAGUAGAUGGUAUAUGAUUUUUAGCGUUUCUUUUCCUUAAUCGGAAAUAAUUACGGGAACGGUUUUCGAAAUCUCUCAUGUAUUUUUUUUCGUUGUUGUUUCACAGUACUAAAAUGACACAUGCUUCGCUAACUGACGAACAGAAAUAUUCUAUUGGUAUCUAUGAAAAUCUAGUGAGAUUGUCAAUCGGUUUAGAAUACGUCCAGGACCUGAUUGAUGAUUUGAACCAGGCACUCGAAGCGAGUGGCGCCAAAGACAAAACGAAUACAACUGGAUCCAUAAAUGUUUAUUAAUAAUAACUAUUAUAAGAAUAAGAAUAUUAUAACCAAUUAGAGAUUAUAAUUAGAAAAAAUGUAUAUGUAUAACAUUAAUUAUUAGUUAAUAAUAAGAGUAUCAAGUUAUUUUAUUUUUGAACCGAAGCCUUUAAUGCUUGGUCGAGAUCGGCGAUCAAAUCUUCUUCGGAUUCUAUUCCCACGGACAGACGAAUUAAAUUAUCACUAAUCCUCAGAGCCUUUCGUUCUUCAGGGGGAACCGAAGCGUGAGUCAUUAACGCUCUGAAAAAUAAAACACAAAAUAGUUAAAACAAAACCGUUUUUGAUUAAAAUUGAUAAGUAAAUAGGCUUCGAAAUUGUUUUAAAGUUUUAACUAGUAUUUUAUAUUUUUGACACCCUUGCAGUAUAACGGAGAAAAUGUUUAAUACUGCUGGUGUGAAAUAGUCAUUUAGAUAUUGAGCAUAACCUUUCCCAGGAUAACUCAAAUUUCUAUCGCAUCCUCGAUACCAGUGCCGUUGUCAGGGGGAGGUACUGGGGAUAUGUGUGCCUCCUCGGAAAUCGUUUUUUUUCGUAAUGCUAUAGUGCAAUUUACAUAAAAUCAUUAUAUGUAUUAAAAAAAAAUUAUUAGUAUUAUAAGUAGGUAUUAUAAAAUAUAUUGUUUUAGAUUAUUGUGCAUAAUAAAUAUUAUAUUUUCUUACAAGGGUACAAACUUUGUUUUAAUUUUACGUUAUUAAACUAGGGAAGUAUAAAUAAUAAGUGAUAAGAUAAUUGAGGAGUCAUUAAAUAACACAUGAUAAGUGUUCUAGACUAACAAAAACUAGAUAAAAAAAUUAAGUCUCAGUAUAUUGUUCUGUUUGCUACUAAGUCCAAAAAAUUAACCGUCUAAAAUUACAGUUUAACUCAUGCAAAUUUUAUAAUUUUAUUUUACAAAUAUUUUGUAUGAAAUUUUUAAAAUUCAUGAACUACACCCUCUAAACUGAACCAACAUUAUACAUUAUUAUUAGUGAAGUAUUAUUUAAAAUAAAUUUUGGUGUUGAAAUUUUUGAUUUCCGUUCACCCAUUAACGAGAUAUUCCACUUUUUAGUUCAGGUUGGAGGAGAGUAGUGGAGUAUUAUUUGUGUGACGGUACGGCAAGCAGGGUAACAAUAACAUUUAUUUAAAAUAAUACUCCAUCUAUUUGAAGCAUUCUCAAUAUAGGUUACCUUUUGAAAUUGAAAAAUAGGCAGUCAUUUCACUUCCAAAAAAAAGGGGUACAAAAAAAAUGAUCACAUAACAUUUUAAAACUAUUUAU